CUCUUGUGCCAAGGAUAUCGGGAUCUCCAUCAUCACUGCACUCCGGCGAAAAUGGUGUUCCACUCGCUUACUCUAACACCGCAGUCGAUUCCCUCCCCGCCGUCGUUAUCCUGCUCCGCAAAGCACCGGAUCUUUCUUUCGUCUUCGUCUUCUUCAUCAUCAUCUUCUGCCUGCUUCGCCUCCAAGAAGAAUGCGGUUGUGAGGUUGAGUGGUGUCCGUCGGAAGAGAGCUUCCAGUGUUAUUAGGUCGAGCUUGGACACUGUGGACCCCAUUGUGGGCCAGGUCACCGAGGUCGAUAAGGAUACUUUCUGGCCCAUCGUCAAAGCGGCCGUCGGCAAAACCGUCGUCCUCGAUAUGUAUACUCAAUGGUGUGGCCCUUGCAAGGUGAUAGCCCCAAAAUUCCAAGAGUUGGCAGAGAAGUACGAUGAUGUUGUCUUUUUAAAGCUCGAUUGCAAUCAAGACAACAGGCCAUUGGCAAAGGAACUUGGAAUAAGGGUGGUACCAACUUUCAAGAUCUUAAAGGACAGCAAGAUUGUAAAAGAGGUCACUGGUGCUAAAUUUGAUGAUUUAGUUGUUGCCAUAGACUCUGUGAGAUCAGGCUAAAUUUCCUUUACCAUGUAAAAUGUUAAUAAUAUAACCGACGAUCCUUUCAAAAUGAUUGUUGUACUUGUAUGUGCCAGAAUUUAUUAUUAUUAUUGUUAUUAUUAUUAUUAUUAUUA